GGUGGACAUACCGCAGCGCGACUGAUCGGUGACGACAUUAGCGGACGGCCACAAUGGGGCGGGGUCAGGCCCGCGUGUUUGAGGACGAGGGGGACGAUGAGAACCUCAAGGCGAAGAAGAAGAGCUGUGUGUACAAGUAUGUCCGCGUGGGACAGAGUCUUGGCGACAGGUACCGCGGGAAUCGGAUGAUGAAGUGCAUUUUUUGUGGGCACGAGUUCCAGGGCAACCAGUUUGUUGCGGGCCGUCAUUUUCGGCAGGGCAAGGGAUAUCCCUCGGUGACCGACGAGGCGCUCGUCGACAUACACUAUAACACCGACUACAAGCUGGAGGGGAGGAUUUUGGAGCAGAUGCAGCGGUUUGAAGAGCUUCACGGUCCGGUGCCCGCGAUAGAUCCGCGGCGGGAUGAGGGAGGGGCGGAAGAGAUGAGGGGCGACGAGGAGCGGAUCGACGUGGACGACGUCGUCGAGGAGGUUGUGCGGGAGUUGCCGCCAAGGAGAGACCUGGGGAAGGGGAUUGUCACCGAGCUGGGGGGGCAGCAAGGCCAGUUCUUUAAGAAUUCGCACGUGUCGGCUCGCACACGUGCAAACGUGGAUACGAACGAGUCGGGUUCAUCUACGGGGAAGAGGAGGGAGACAGAGAAGGGGGCGCGGCCGCAGGUGACGAAGAAGAGGCUUAGACAACAACCGAUUACAGAGUCAUUCUCUUUGCAGUGGCAGAUGGAGUUUAGGAAGAGGUGUCUGAGGUUUGUGUACAGUCAACGCCUGGCGUUCAACAUCUUCCGGAGCGAGCCGUGGUUGGACGUAGUCCGGCAUUUCAGGGAUUUGUCGGGUCCAGUGAAGGUUUUUUGGCCUUCAGAGAACGAGAUUGCGGACAUAGAGACAGUUGUCCGCACGACGGACGAUGUGGCGGCUGAUCUUGUGGAGGUCAGGGCUUCAUUUUAUGCCACAAGGGCCACCUUCAUGUCAGAUGGCAGGAAGUCACGCGAUGCUAAACCCAUCGUUAACUUCCUUGCCGGCGGGUCGCGUGGGGUAAUGCUGAUCCAGACAAUCAACAGGGAGGGUGAGCGGGACCGGGCGAAGGAUGUGUUGGCGCGGUGGAUCAAGGUGUUUGAUGACUUCCCCCCGAAGUGGGUGAACGCCAUCUGCACCGACUCUGCCUCGGCGUACGUCGCCGCGGCGAACAUGCUCCAGGGGCCUGAGCAGAGGCAAGAGCAUCGUCAGAUCACGUGGCUCCCAUGUGCAGUGCAUGUCUGCAACAAGAUGUUGUCAGACAUUGGCUGCUCGAGCGCGUGGUCCAAGGACAUUAUCGUGUGGGGGAGAGCGGUGGUGCGCUUUAUUAAGGAGCACGGCGCCGCUCUUUAUAUCUUCAGGAAGGAGAGCAAGCAGAUGGGCCUCAUUUAUCCGUGCAUGACACGUUUCGCAUCCGUGUUCUCGAUGAUUGAGCGUUUGCAGGGAGUGAGGUCAGCAUUGGAGAGGACGGUGGACGGCGAUGGUUGGGGACUUGAUUCGCAGGGCGAGGAGGAGUUAGGUGGUCCGUAUGGGAGCCCUGUCGAGCGACAGAGGCCUUCGUCACAUGGCCUGCGGUCCAUUGAGCGAGAGGGAGCUCCUCGAUCUGCACCUUCGAGGGGGGCAGAGUCGGGUUGUGGUAGGGGGGUCCCUGGCGAGGGUCCUGCGCAUGUCUGUGGUGCCUUGCACAGACUGGUGAGGGGCCCGAGACAACGAUUGGAGGACAAAUUAGCGGGCAGUCCUUCACAGGCCGAGGGGGACGAGAGAGAUAGACAGGGGUUGUCUGCUGGAGACGGUGCUGUGUUGAAAGCAGGCGGAGGCGGUGGCGAGGAUGCCGCGGCGGUUGAGGAGGGCGAUCAUGGGAGUGUUCAUGAUGAGGGGAUAUCGGCAGGCGGCAGAGGGGGUCUGAGCGAGUUGGGACUGUUUGGUGACCUGGGAGUGCCCCCGGGAGAGAGCGAGUCUCGGGGGGACAUCAGUGCAGGCAUGCAGGACGUAUUAAGACAGAUCAGCGCCCUGCACCCAGAUACUUUCUCACCUGCCAUGCACGACGAGUUGAUGUCGUCACCGCCUGAGGCAGAGGGAGAUGAGGAUCGCACACCUCUUGGAGAGACAUCUGAGGAGAGGUUGGAUAGGCUUGAGAGUCGUUGCCUCAUGGCACGAGCGGACCUCAGGACCCAGGAUUUGGCCCGUAUUGCGGCUGAGGAGCGACAAAGACAAUUGGGGACAUUUCCGCCGGCGUCCCUUCGAAUAGAGACAACUGCCCCCAUGGAUCCUCCGACAGGGGAUCGCGAUAAGACGUAGGGGGAGGGAGCUUUGGCAGAGGCAUCGAGCAUGGGAGGGGAUGAUGAGCAGAGGGAGCCGCGCGAGAGUCAC